AUGUUAAAAAGUCUACAAUACUCACUUGACGAUAGAGUAAAAGUACGAUGUUGGAACCCCCAAUUUCAAUCGUUGGCUCACGAAGGCCCCUUACAGCAAUCCAAAAUCACCCAGCUUUGUUUGCGUGGCCAUCCACGUACAUGUUGUCCUACCUACUUUCAGUUGGAUCCUAUAUUACUUUGUUCUCCAAAUCUUCAGUAUUUGAAUGUAUCCAACGAGUGGGCAUGUCACAUGAAUGAUGACUUUUUCGACACGCUGCUUGAAAUGUGCCCAAUGGUGCAAUCCAUCAUUUGUUUCCAACCUACAGCAGCACCACCAAGAUCCCUGCUAUUCAAAGAGAAAAGGUGCCAUCAAGGAGGAGGCUUACGUGAGUUUGGGUUUUACCGCCAUUGGGGUUCUCAUGCCGAUUCAAUAUCACGUGUCGUGACCAAACACCAACACAACCUCCAGCACCUUGUAUUGGAUUCGAGAAAUUUCGUAUGGAUUGCCGAUGACGUUGACGACGAUGUUAUCAAACGCCGUAUACGUACAACAGAUGCAUGGAUCCAAAAUAUCAAAACGCCUCGACUGACGGAUCUUGAAUGCAUUGAUGUGGAUGUGUCAGGUCCCAUUUUGCAUCAAUGGCUAUUGAAUAGCACUGCCCUUGAACGUGUAGCAUUAGGCGGUAAACAACUUACAGUGGAUGCAUUUGAUGCACUAGGGGAUUUGCCUCAUCUUCGACAUCUUCAUCUCAUUGAAUCAUAUGCGAGUCCACCACCCGACACAAGCCUUCUCCCAUAUAUCAGCUUAUUGGAUAACCUACAAUCACUCUCACUGGAUUGUGCUUCCUUUGUGACCGACAAGACUUUACCAGCUAUUGCAUCACUUCCAAACCUAAGAGCUCUCGAAAUCAAUCAAUGGAGGGUAUCCGAGUCUGGUAUUAUUCAAUUCGUCAAUGGAUUAAAAGAAGCAUCAGUCGUCUCUCGGUUAAAGCUUCAAGGGAUUGGCUCACUGAACGAAAGAGUACUUUCCAUGCUCGGCAACGUGGUCUCGUUGACUGAACUCACAAUUAUCGGCAGCAUUGUGAAUGCAGCAGGCAUGCGAAUAUUCAUUGAUAAAAAGAAACAAGUCAUCAAGUCGCUAAGGGUUUAUUCAAGCAAACAACAACAAUCAAAAGAUUGUGGUGGAUGCAUUCGUCAUGGGACUGUUCAUCUUGGAGACCGGUUUGAAUGGGUGUAUUAA